AUGAAUCUAACGAUGAAGCUGCUGACAGUGCUGUCGCUGCUGCUGGUCCACUCCUCCGGGCACCGGAUACAGCUGUCCGACUCAAUUCUGGACAUCAUCAACACGCGGCACGUGGAGCAAAUAUUGGCCGAACGGCGGGCGAACGCAUCGCGCGAGGCGAACGAGAAGCGAUACCUGGUGCAGAACGACCUGGACGAGGACGUGACCGAGGAUGGAGCCGACCUCUACCAGACGCCCGAGGUGGCGAUCGACUUCGAUUUCAACGGCCGACGCCAGGGUGGCCAUAAUGGAGGUCGCAAUCACGCGCACCACCAGCAAGCGCCGUCCUACCCACCGGCGUCCUACAACGGGUCCGAGGAUGCCGGAGGGCCUUAUCGUGCGGCGGCCCCCGGAGGGCCAGAGCUGCUCGCCGACCUGAACGCGUACCGUGGCGAUAAGCUGCUGAAGUCGAGCAAGAACGCGCUGCUGGUGACGCGCAAGGAGUAUCUGAAGAAGGACUGGUGCAAAACGGAACCGCUGGUGCAGCGGAUCCGCGAGGAGGGCUGCCUCAGCCGGACUAUCGUCAACCGGUUCUGCUACGGCCAGUGCAACUCGUUCUACAUCCCCAAGUCGCCGAAACGGAGCCGGCGCGGGAACCACCAUCGCAAGGCGGCCAUGACCACCACCACGGCCAGCUAUGCAGCCUCCGGUCGGGGUACCGGAGACAUCGACUUCGAGGACGAGGACCUGACCGGGCCGGCGUUCCGUUCAUGCGCGUUCUGCAAGCCGAAGAAGUUCACCUGGGUCACGGUGACUCUGCGCUGUCCAUCGCUCGUCCCUUCGCUACGGCGGAAGCGCAUCCAGCGUAUCAAACAGUGCAAGUGCAUCGCCGAACCGCUACACUAG